GAGCUCAGCGCCAGAAAGUUGUCAAUCGGUCGAAGAGCACUGAAGUGAUUGGUUAUGUGAGUUUUCCAUUGUAAUUAAAUUUAUAGUAUUUGUUAUUAAAAGAUGUUGAAUAAGCAUAUUUACUUCCUCCACAUAAAGAAAGUGUAAAAGUAGCAAAAAGAUUGCUGUGAGUAAGCAUUUACGCCGUUUAGAGUGACAAAGUGUCUGAAUGUGUUGGGUAAUUUGGAGCCAAAAUCGUGAUUGUGCACAGUGAUAUUGCAUAAAAAUAACACUAAAUUCAAUAAAUAAAAAUCAAAAAGCAUUCAAUGAACGAAUGAUAAAAAUCAAUUGGUUUAAAUAAGUUAAUGAAUACAUUCCAAUAAAGUGCAUUCAACUGCUGUAGAAACCAACUGCGACCUAAUUAAAUCAACUGGACUGGAUCAGCUGGUACGGCCAUAACUGCUGUAGUUGUACAUUUGGUCUUCCAUCAUAUCACACAAGCGACGACAGCACAGCAAAAGUGUCCGCCAUUUCACAGCAUUCUUCCUAAAUGCCAAGGCAAGUGUUGGCGAGCAAAAAGUCCUCUUUUUAAUUAAUUCGGUUGAUUUUAGCUGCAACAACUACAAUAUUAAGUGGUAACCGACACUCGGUAGUGGCAAAAUGGAUCAUUCACAGCAUAGUAUACACAAUCAUGAACAUCAUAUGUUGGCCCUAGAUACUGCAACACCACACGAUCAUGCUGCUGCGAUAUUGUCCACCACCACUGUCAGCCCCUUGGAUGUUAUGGGUCAUGGCGAGCACGUGGCCAUGAGCGACCAGCAUGCGAUGCAUCAUAACCACGACCACGGCGCCAUGAAUAUGGAAGGAGCAAUGCAUCAUAUGAUGUCAAUGGCGUUCCACUUCGGCUACAAUGAGACUGUGCUCUUCUCCUGGUGGAAAUUCGAUAGUAUCAUGGGCCUGAUUGGUUCGAUGAUCGCUAUAUUUGUAAUGGCUGUGCUUUACGAGGGUCUCAAGUACUAUCGCGAGUACCUGUUUUGGAAGACAUACAAUUUGCUGGAAUACCGGCCAGUUACCGGGCCACAACGCAAUCCCGAGGAUCCGCAACGGAGUACGCCGUCGACGAGCGCCUCACCAGUGCAAUAUGUUGGCGAAGUCAUACACAAGCAACCUCCGACGAUGCUGUCGUUGAACCAUUUCUAUCAAACCGGGCUCCACAUUCUGCAAGUGACGCUCUCCUUCAUGCUGAUGCUGAUCUUUAUGACGUAUAAUGUUUGGCUCUGCAUUGCCGUAGUGCUGGGCGCCGCCGUGGGCUACUUCCUGUUCUGCUGGCGGAAGUCGGUGAUUGUCGAUGUAACGGAACACUGUCACUAGCAAUGUUUAAAAUGUGAAAGGCGCUUCGCUUGGAUGCGCUGCCUCUGGCCAAGGCAAAUUGGCAAUACUAAUUAUCAGCAGCAACAACAACAACAAGAACAGCAACAACCCCAACAAUAUCAGCAACAAACUAUAGCAGCCACAGCAGCAAUAACAACAACAACCGCGUGCAGAGCCAGCAACAGGUUCGGCAUCAGCGGCCAACGUGGCGGUAAGCGCGCCAAUGACGUCGACCGCUGCGAUAGAUACAACAGUUAUGACAGUUAUGAGGUGAGAAGAAACGGUGGCGCAACCUGCAACGCAACAGCCAAUACGCUGAUGAACAACGCCGGCGGCAGUAUGCGUUGUGCGCGUUACGUAAAGCGUACCACAGCCGAGCCAGGGCAACGCGGCAUGCAAGUGACCAUGGCCAACUACAACCAAAAGGACUAUGAUAUUUACUACUACGAGCGUGAUGAGUACGAGGAUGAGACAGUUAUCAUUGAUACGAUUGCCGUAACGGCCACCACCACCACACAGCUUAUGGAGAGCGGUUGCGGCAGCGUCGGUGCUAAUUGCCAGAAAUGUCGAAAUAUUAAAAUUCUUCUAAGACUAAGUUUAAGAUAUUUUUAUGAUAUAAACUGUGAAAUUGUUAAGAACACCAUUUAAGGCAACACACACAGAACAACAAAAAGAAAAACAAUAGUAGCUAGCAAGUGAGCGAAGACAAAUAAGAAUACAAAAAGUUAGCAGUAUAAAGUAGUUUAGGCAAGUGAUAGCGCGCAGUCGUACGUCAGCGGGUGGAAUUUAAGAAGCAUAAAGUGAAAUACAUAUUUUUACACAAAGUAGUUGUACAGUUGUUUAGGCGUAAUUAGAAAUUUGGAAAUGGCGUUCACUUGCGAUUGCGGAUAGUUUGGUGCUAUGAAUGCAUUGGCCUUCUACCGAAAUAAGCGAAAAAAUGUAUUUUCGAGUAUUGAAUUUUAAUUUAAUUGUUAAAUAGCAAUUUUUUGUUUUUUGGCGAUUAUUUACCAUUUUGUGUUUGAAACUUACUCAGCUGAACGAUGUGGUUGCCACUUGAUGGCGUUUAUAUACAAAUUUCAAUAAUUUAUACCAGCAGACACAAACAUACAUGCACACAUCUACAACUUAUACCGACAUGUUAUUAGCUACAUAUAUAUUUUUUAAUUUAUAUUCGUUUUUUAUCAUAUUAUUCUAGUAAUUAAUUAUAGUAAUUAUUUUUGUCAAUUUUAAUCCAAAUUUUACACGCGUAGGUCGCAAAGUUUACAAGCAAUUUGUGAGUGAAAAGUGAGGCUACAGCCGAUUACUACACAAAAUCCAUUAAUGUUUAAUAUUAUACAUACAUACAGCUGUAAAAAGUGCGUAUGAGCAGGUGUUUGGCUUUUUUUGAAAGAAGAAAAAUGUUACAGUGAUGUGCGUAAAAAUACUUACAUUGCUGCAAAUGUUACUGUAUAUUGUAUGUUAAGUUUUCAUUAAGUAAAAACUUGUGCUAUAAAAUUUUACAACGCAUUUUAUGUAAGAAAAGAACCCUACCAUAUAUAUGUAUGUAUAUGUACGUGUAUUAAAGGAAUAUUGAAUAUGAAGUCAACACUAUACGCAACAAAAUAUUGUAUUGUGAAAUUGUUUUUAAAAAAUGACGCGAAAGUUAAUCUGCUACAAGCAUACACACAUAUACUCACUGAUAUGCAUACGUACAUAAAUUCAUAUGCGAACAUUUUUCAAACUUACUGUGGAUAAUUCAAAUAAAGACCAAAAUAUCCUUUAAGCCGA